GAACGCGCCGAGCUCCCGGAUCGCCGGGCACCGAUUGACGUCACCGAUAGAGGCGGCCAAGAUGGUUGUCAAUGUUGAUAAGUGGUUUGGUUACGCGGAGGAGCUGCAGUGACUAACGUCGCGUCCUGACUGCGGAGUCGGGCCUGGCGGCCGGCCAGUUAUGCCCGUGAAAUAAGAGGGUUCCCGUCCUCCCCGGUGAGGAUCCGCGCGGUUUUCGGAUCGAGCGUUGCGCGCGAGGAAUGGCGGACGGCGAGGAGGAGAUACGACGUGCCCUAAAGGACGUGCAGUCUAUGAUCGACGUCUGCGCCGAACGACUCGAGGGCCUGCGGACCCAAUGUUCCACCAGCGCGGAGCUCACCCAGCAGGAGAUAAGGACGCUCGAGGGGAAAUUGAUAAAAUUAUACUCUAAACAACUUGUGACAAAGGCCAAAUUAACCGAUUUAGCAGAGAUGAGACAAUAUCCGUCGUUACAACAAUGGCUACGGGUAGUAGGUCUCACCCAGGAAUCGAUUCAGAUGGUCUGUAACAAAGCUAGUUCCCUUGAGGCCCUGAAAGAAAAGUCUGAGCAUGAAUUGAGCAGCAUGCUAGGUGAAAAUAAUGUGCGCCGUGAGGAGGAACAUCGUAGGCUCUGCAGAGCAUUACAUAAUUUACGGCGAUAUACAGAUGUUCUUAUAAAAGGAGACAUGGAAAACAGUGACAUGAAUUUAUAUUGGGAUUCUUGGGAUAGACAUCAUUUACGCACAGGAGCCUCUCCUAGGCCCAUUCGAUCUCGCACUACACGAAGUUCUGUUCCAUCAGAAGAUAGCAUUCCAUAUCAUAAUAACAAUAAUCUCAAUAGCGAUAUCUUGGCACAAGCUUCUUCUGUAAUAUCUUUGAUGUCAACUAGUCCUCCUUGUACCCCUCUAUUGCAGCAAAGGCAAAAAUAUGGAACUAAAUUUCCAACAACUCCUCCUCCAUGCAAGAAGCAUCAGAUUGGUGUGCAAAGUAGCACAUCACAACCUGAAGUGUUUCCAUUAACUAAGUCAAAAUCUCAUGAAUCACAAUUAGCAAAUCGUCUUGAAAAUAUACAACUUGAUAAUGAUGAUACUUCAUCUAGUUCUGGAAAUGACUCUUCUGUAGGAAGAAAAAGUGAUUCCACUAUAAAAAGAAGAAAUCGUCUACCAACAGAACCAAGUUCAUGCUGUAGUACGACAGACUUUAUGAAAGCAGAGAGUCUCUUGCCAAACAGUAAUAGUCCUAUUAAAUCUCCACCUUACACUAAUCCAGAAAAUGAUGAUAACUGUUUUAAGGGAACAGUAACAAGUCUCCAAGUGCCAAAAUCUCCACGUACUCCGACUAUGACUCGGACCAUGGGUCAUAUAAUUGCUCAUCGCUUUACCAAAACUUUUAACAUGAUGGCAACUAGAUGUGACUACUGUGAAAAGCCGAUGUGGGGAUGGGGCACUAUUUUAAAAUGCAAGGAGUGUAAAUAUAAGUGCCACCGGGAAUGUGAAUCCAAAGUACCUCCCUCGUGUGGCCUACCUCAGGAACUCUUUAAUGAGUUUAAACGAACUCUACAAGGUGAUGGUAUAAAUGCUUCCCCAAUAUUAAGCAAGCCUGGCAUAACAUCUCCGAAUCAUCAUAAUCCAAAUUUAUUAAAAAAAGACCGAAGACGGUCACAUGCACAUGCUUCUAUGAAUAUACCUUUUCAGACUCCAGAUUCUAGUUCAAAUACCUCGAGCUGUAACAGCUCAACGCCUUCUAGUCCAGCAUUGCUACCUGCCAAUACUACCCAGACUCCACAGGCGCCUGUCAAACAACAAUUCUAUUUUCCAGAUGUACAGAAUGAAAAAGGAGUGACACAUGAAACGCACAGAUUUGAAGGUACAACUAUGUCAAGUGAUAGUGACAGAACAGUAAGUGUUUCUGGAUCUGGUAGUGUCAGUACAGAUUCAGAAAGGACACCGGUGAGAGUUGAUUCUCAAGAUUCUCAAGUUUCUGAUAGUGAAAUACCUGGGGAUAUAAGUCGUUGGCCUCGACAAAAUAGCUUGUCGAUGCGAGAAUGGGACAUUCCAUACGAUGAAUUAAAGAUUGGAGAACCAAUCGGAACGGGAAGAUUUGGUACAGUAUAUAGAGGCAAUUGGCAUGGAGAUGUUGCAAUUAAAGUCAUAAAUAUGGAUUAUUAUUUAGACAAUGAUAAGAUAUUAGAAGCAUUCAAAUUAGAGGUAGGCACAUUCCGAAAAACACGACAUGAAAAUUUAGUUUUAUUUAUGGGUGCUUGUAUGAAACCUCCUCGAUUAGCUAUAGUGACUAGUAUGAGUAAAGGCAUGACACUUUAUACUCAUAUUCAUUUACGAAAGGACAAAUUUAAUACGAAUAAAACUACUAUUAUAGCUCAACAGAUUUCUCAGGGUAUGGGAUAUCUCCAUGCUCGUGGCAUAGUACACAAGGAUCUUAAAAGCAAAAAUAUAUUUUUAGAAAAUGGAAAAGUUGUAAUAACAGACUUUGGUCUAUUCAGUGUUACAAAGUUGUGCUAUGGAAAUAGGAAAGGAAAUGGACUGAAUAUACCACCUGGUUGGUUAUGUUAUUUGGCACCUGAGAUUGUUCGACGACUGAGACCGCAACAAAACCGAGAUCAGGAAGAGUUACCAUUUACAGCUGCUUCUGAUGUUUAUGCAUUUGGGACUGUCUGGUACGAAUUAUUAUGUGGUGAAUGGCCAUUUAAAGGUCAACCUCCCGAAGCAAUUAUUUGGCAAGUUGGAAAAGGAAUGAAACAACCUUUAGCAAAUUUGCAAGCUUCUCGUGAUGUAAAGGACAUUUUGAUGCAUUGUUGGUCAUACCAUGCAGACAAACGUCCUGAUUUUACAAAGCUGUUAACUACACUUGAAAAGCUGCCUCGCAAAAGGUUAGCACGUAGUCCUUCUCAUCCUAUACAUCUUUCUCGUUCUGCGGAAUCUGUGUUUUGAACAUUUAAGUCUAU